GCGGGAUUUCCUGCAGGAGGCGCGGACGCUGGGCCGGCUGCGGGACCCCAACAUCGUGCGGCUGCUGGGGGUGUGCGGGGGGCCCGGCCCCCUGUGCAUCGUCACCGAGUACAUGGAGCACGGAGACCUGCACCAGUUCCUGGGCGGGCCCCGAGGCCACGCCCUCAGCCUGGCCACGCUGGUGCACCUGGGCGCGCAGAUCGCGGCCGGGAUGCGCUUCCUGGCCGCGCGGAAUUUCGUGCACCGGGACCUGGCCACGCGGAACUGCCUGGUGGGGGAGGGGCUGCGCGUCAAGGUGGCGGAUUUUGGGAUGAGCCGGAGCCUGUACGGCACCGAGUACUGCCGGGUGCGGGGCCGGGCGCUGCUGCCCAUCCGCUGGAUGGCCUGGGAGAGCAUCCUCUGG